CAGAAGCGUCGGCGACGAGACGAAAAAGCGGCCAAGGCCAAGGCCAAGGCGCGCGAACGACAGCUCGAGGAAGAGAUUCAAAACAUGGAGCAGCUCGCCAUCAACGCCGUGUACUCCAAAGGCGCGUCCAGUCGACUUGGUUCGCGCGAUAUAUCUGUCUCCGAAUUUAGUAUGCCGCAUCCUCGCGGUGGCGACGACUUGCUCGAAGGGACGACGCUGAGUUUGAUGCACGGUCAUCGGUACGGCUUGUGCGGGCGAAACGGAUGCGGGAAGUCCACGCUCCUUCGUUUGCUCGCUCAAAAGCGCGUACCAGGGAUUCCCGCGGACUUGCGUAUUAUGUAUGUCGCGCAAGACUCGAGCGAUGAUCUCGCCUCGUGCGAGUUGACUCCGAUCGAAGUCUUGGUGAAGUCGGACACGCGUCGCGAACUUUUGUCCAAGCAACUCAAGGAGUUGCAAGAUCACGAGGACGCGGCGGUGGAUGUGGCCAUCGACAAACGCAUUCGGGAAAUUUGCGAUGAACUGAAAGCUAUCGGGGCCUCAGACGCGCACGAGCGCGCGAGAAAAGUUUUGCGCGGUCUUCAGUUUGACGCCGAACAGACUAGACGGCCGGUGGCAUCGUUGAGCGGCGGCUGGCGCGUGCGCGUAUCGCUCGCUCGCGCUUUGUACGUCAAUCCAGAUUGUUUAUUGCUCGAUGAGCCCACGAAUCACUUGGACUUGGAAGCGUGUUUAUGGCUCGAGCAGUACAUUUGCAACGCGUUCGAUGGGCGCACGCUCGUCGUGGUCUCGCACGACCGCUCAUUCCUGAACGCUGUAUGUACCGACGUCCUAGCGGUGUCGAAUAAGAAGCUCACCGCGUACGCGGGCGAUUACGCCACGUAUGAAGCCGUGCGAGACGAGCAAAAUGCGCGCCAGCAAAAAAUGUACGACGAGCAGCAGGCUAAAAAGAAGCAAAUGCAAAAGUUUGUCGAUAAACAUUUGCACAAAGGUUCGUCGUCCAUGUUUGACGACGGAAACGCCAAAAAAGCAAAAGAGUUGGCAAAAAAAAUGGAACGCAUGGUGGAGACCGGAAGUUUUAAAUUUAGCUUUCCAGAUCCUGGUCCGCUCCCGUCUAGCGAAAGCGUCCAGCUGCGCGAGAUUGCGUUCAAAUACGCCGCCGACGAGCCGGCGAUGUUUGAUCAGUUUUCGCACCCAUUCGACUUGACCACGCGGAUUGCGCUCGUGGGUAGAAACGGCGCGGGUAAGUCCACACUCAUGAAACUCAUCACGGGCGCGUUAAAGCCAACGCGAGGUGAGAUUUUCAAAAGCGGCAAGAUGAGAAUCGCUCACAUCACGCAGCAUCACGUCGAACAGCUCGACAUGACUAUGACGCCGCUGGAGUUUGUGUUGCACGUCUCCGGCAUCGAACUCAGCGCGUCGACCUCACCCGAGCACGAGCAAGACGCCCGUCGUCGACUCGGUCGAUUCGGUAUUUCCGGCUCGCUCCAAACGCAAACCAUCGCGCUGUUGUCCGGAGGGCAAAAAUCGAGAGUCGCCUGGGCCGUCGCCACGUGGGACGAGCCACACAUCCUCCUCCUCGACGAGCCCACCAAUCAUUUGGAUUACGAAAGCGUCAACGCAUUAAUCGACGCCAUCAACGCUUUCGACGGCGGCGUCGUUUUCGUCUCCCACGACGAAUUCUUCGUC